GCCUGCUGGCUGUCAUGCUAGCGACACGCUUUGCUUUAAAAUGCCCCCCUCUGUGGCUGUAUUUUACCACGCUGGCUACAGGAAACUUAUUCCUUGGUUGCUAGGGCAACCAGGGAGGAUGUUCCCCUGCAGGAGUCGGGACAGCCUCGGGCGGCACUUCAGCGCAUCGCUGUGCAGCAUGUCUGCUGACCUGCUGCGGGUUGGGAGGAGGAGGAGCCAAUUUUGCCGUGGAGCCUUUAGCAGCCCGCUAUGGCUCCCGCUACUCCACUGCCCCACCAUGAGACAGAGCUCAAACAUCAGAGCCGGCGCUCCUCCCUCCCUCUGCUGGUCACUUCGCAGCUCUGACUCACUCUGCUACUGUAGUAACAAAAACGUUAAGAUGUCCUCAUCGUCGUCGUCCUCCACCUCCAACAGCGAUGGACCAGGAAAGACUAAACCUAAAUCUCAGUUUCACAAGAGAGGGAGCCUGCAGAGCACCCCCAGCCCCGCCGCGGGGGAGGGUGCAUUGACUGUCCCAGGCCUAGUUUUAUGUCCCAGCAUCCUGCAGGAGCUCUGCAACCGUACAGGAGACUGUGAGAGCAGACAGAGGUACUCAGACCGCCACGGUGGUGGCGGGUCUGGGUCAAAACCCUUCAAGCCUCAGCGAUCUCUUCCAGGGACACCGGUUUCUCACUCGCAAUACCCAGUCGACCUGCGAACAUCCAUGGAGGAAAAAUUCAAAGAGAUUGCAGAGGAGCUGUUCACACGCACUAUGGCUGAGAGCGACAUGCGAAGUGCUCCCUAUGAGUUCCCGGAGGAGAGCCCCAUCGAGCAGCUGGAGGAACGGCGGCACCGCCUGGAGAGGCAAAUCAGUCAGGAUAUUAAGCUUGAGCCAGAGAUCUUGCUCCGUGCCAAACAGGACUUCAUGAAAAUCGACAGUGCUGCAGACCUAGAAUCAAUGACAGACAAAAACGUGGAUGUUGUUGACGUUGGCUUUAAGGAGAAUAAGAUGCCGCUGGAGAGAGAGUACCAGCGGGUGUCGAUAUCUGGAGAAGAAAAAUGUGGGGUGCCCUUCACUGACCUCGUAGAUGCAGCCAAGUGUGUGGUGAAGGCUUUAUUGAUCCGGGAGAAGUACAUAAACCGCUCCAUGCAGACGUUUUGUAAGACCACAGCUCACGAGCUACAGGAUCUCAGGACGAAACCUCUGGAUCUGGGAGUCUACGAUGAAGAAGCAGAGACGCCUGUAGAUGCUGAUGCCCCUGUUCACCCCCCAGUUUCAGAGACUCACCCUUACGACAAUCAGGACCCCGACAGCAUGCCAGCAGACACAGGAUACGGCUGCAAGAUGGUCGGCGGGGUCGUUCAUGUCUACACCAAGGAAACCAACAUGGACAAAAGCAUGGAGCUCGACCUGCCGUAUCCUGACCUGAAGGAGUAUCUCGCAGACAUGAAUGUUAUGAUGUCCCUUAUUAUUAACGGACCAGUGAAGUCUUUCUGCUACCGACGCCUGCAGUAUCUGAGCUCCAAGUUUCAGAUGCACAUCCUGCUGAAUGAGAUGAAGGAGCUGGCAGCUCAGAAGAAGGUUCCCCACAGAGACUUCUACAACAUAAGAAAGGUGGACACGCACAUACAUGCUUCAUCCUGCAUGAACCAGAAGCACCUGCUGCGAUUCAUUAAAAGAGCCAUGAAGAAAUACCCCGAAGAGAUCGUUCACGUCGAGCGGGGGCACGGCCAGACCCUCAAAGACGUCUUUGAGAGCAUGAACCUGACGGCGUACGACCUGAGCGUGGACACACUCGACAUGCACGCGGACCGAAACACGUUUCAUCGGUUUGAUAAGUUCAAUUCCAAAUACAACCCCAUCGGAGAGUCCAUCCUCAGGGAGAUCUUCAUCAAGACAGACAAUUACGUUGAAGGAAAAUACUUUGCACAUAUUGUUAAGGAGGUGAUGUCUGAUUUGGAGGAGAGCAAAUAUCAAAACUCAGAGUUACGACUCUCUAUCUAUGGCCGCUCCCGAGACGAGUGGGACAAGCUGGCUCAGUGGGCCGUCCAGUACAGAGUUUACUCUGAUAACGUGCGCUGGCUCAUCCAAGUGCCCCGCCUGUUUGACGUGUACCACACAAAGAAGCAGCUGGCUAAUUUCCAGGAGAUGCUGGAGAACAUCUUCAUGCCUCUGUUUGAAGUCACGAUCAACCCCCGCAGUCAUCCUGAGCUGCAUCUCUUCCUGGAGCACGUGGUGGGCUUUGACAGUGUCGACGAUGAGUCCAAACCAGAACAUCACAUUUUCAAUCUUGACAGUCCGCUGCCACCUGACUGGACCGAAGAGGACAACCCGCCAUACUCGUACUACCUCUACUACACCUACGCCAACAUGACUGUUCUGAACCACCUGCGAAGGCGACGGGGCUUCCAUACGUUUGUGCUGCGACCUCACUGUGGUGAAGCCGGGCCGAUCCACCACCUGGUGUCGGGUUUCAUGUUGUCAGAGAACAUUUCCCACGGCCUGCUGCUCAGAAAGGCCCCGGUACUUCAGUACCUGUACUACCUGGCUCAGAUCGGCAUUGCCAUGUCGCCGCUGAGUAACAACAGCCUUUUCCUCAGUUACCACCGCAACCCGCUGCCAGAGUAUCUGUCCAGAGGCCUCAUGAUCUCUCUGUCCACUGACGACCCCCUUCAGUUCCACUUCACCAAAGAGCCGCUGAUGGAGGAGUACAGCAUUGCAGCUCAGGUGUGGAAACUGAGCUCAUGCGACAUGUGUGAGCUGGCACGAAACAGUGUCCUGAUGAGUGGGUUUUCCAACAAGGUGAAAAGCUACUGGCUCGGCCCCAGUUAUUACCGGGAGGGUCCUGAGAGCAACGACAUCCGCCGCACCAACGUCCCCGACAUCCGAGUGGCGUACCGCUUCGAGACCCUCACCGAGGAGCUGCACCUCAUAACUCAUGCUGUGCGCACAGAAGAGGAGCUGGACGGUGUCGAAGAGGACGACUCUCUGACCAUGGGUCCACUCCCGGGACAGCACUGAGGUCCCAGUUCACCAACCGCCACCCCCGUCUCUUCCCUUGAAUCCCCAACACGUAAUGUGAGAGUAAUCCUGCUGUUAGGCCUCUAAACUCCACCAAGCAUCAGUGUAGACGCUUGUUGCACUUUUUAGAGCUGUACAGUGAGAAAAAAGCCA